UUACACAGGUCACAAGUACUACAAAAGAUGGGAAAACCAAACCAACUGAACCAAACACCUGCUUCAGACUUCCUCCUUCUAGGACUCUCUGAGCGGCUAGAGGAGCAGCCUCUUCUAUUUGGCACCUUCCUCGGCUUGUACCUGAUCACCAUGGCAGGGAAUCUGCUCAUCAUCCUGGCCAUCUGCUCCGACACACACCUUCAUACUCCCAUGUACUUCUUUCUGGCCAAUCUAUCACUAACAGAUGCCUGCUUCAGUUCAGCUUCAAUCCCCAAAAUGCUGGUCAACAUUCAUAUCCGGAGUCAGGCGAUCUCCUAUUCUGCGUGCCUUACACAGCUCUAUUUCCUGCUUGUGUUUGGUGGUCUUGACAACUGCCUCCUGGCUGUGAUGGCAUAUGACCGCUUUGUGGCCAUCUGCCAACCACUUCAUUACAGCACAGCCAUGAGUCCUCAACUCUGUGUACUAUUGCUGAGUAUAUGUUGGCUGCUAACCAACUGUCCUGCUCUAGUGCACACACUGUUGCUGACCCGUGUGGCUUUCUGUGCCCCCACCAUAAUCCCCCACUUCUAUUGUGAUCCCAGUGCUCUCCUGAAGCUUGCUUGCUCUGAUACCCACAUUAAUGAGCUGAUGAUCAUUAUCAUGGGCUUGGUGUUCCUCUCUGUUCCCCUCAUGCUCAUUGUCUUCUCCUAUGCCCGCAUUUCCUGGGCCGUGUUUGGCAUCUCCUCUGCUGGCGGGCGAUGGAAGGCCUUCUCUACGUGUGGUUCUCAUCUCACAGUGGUUUUGCUCUUCUAUGGGUCACUAAUGGGCGUGUAUUUACUUCCCCCAUCAACUCAUUCCACAGAAAGGGAAAGUAGGGCUUCUAUUCUCUAUAUGGUGAUCAUACCUAUGCUAAAUCCAUUCAUCUACAGCUUGAGGAAUAAAGACAUGAAGCAUGCCUUAGGCAAACUUUUCAGCAGUGGGAAAGCAUUCUCCCUACCAUGA